AUGAACGAGGGCAGUUUCCAGCAACAGCUGCUCACCGAAAUGCACAAAAUGAAUGCCUGUCUCGCCGCCAUCGAAUCUGCUAGCCAAAUCAUUAUCGCAAACCAGCAAACAACUGAGGAACAUGCUCACCAACACGAGAAUACGCUCAACAAGUUGAUGCAAAACAUCGACGCGAUGAUGGUGUCUAGUAACAUCAUGAGACACCAAAUUUUUGACAAUACACCGUUUGAACAUGUCUGUACCCUGGUUGGUGUCUGGUUUAGAAUGCUGCUUGGACAUGUAUGGUUUGGUGGUGGGUGCUCGUAUCUAGAGUAUGGUUUGGAUAGACUACUAGGUACGGAUCGUGUCCAGGCAGACGGCCUAACCACGUACAGAUAG